AUGUUGUGGAACGUGAUUGUCAGUUUCAUUGUCACUGUCAUCUUCUGUAAGAGCGUCACUGCAAGUCCCAGCAAUCAACAAACGGAAUGUGGUCAACGAAAGCAGCUAGCUCGGGAGUUGAUACACCACGGCCACCAAUCCCGAUCGGGAGAAUGGCCUUGGCAUGUCGCAGUGUUCCAUAAAAUCAACGCGCAAGCUGACUCAAGUUACGCCUGUGGAGGUACGAUCAUAUCGCGGAAGUUUGUACUAACUGCGGCGCACUGUACGUAUCCUCGGACUAAAAUUCGACCGUUGCGGGCCAAGGAGAUGCUGGUACGGGCGGGGAUUGCGAAUCUGUACAACUUGGAGCACUCGCUGCAGGAGGUUGGAGUUGAGGAGAUCGUGAGGCAUGCGGAGUUCAACACAAGAACGUUGGAGGAUGAUAUUGCGCUGCUGAAGUUGGAGGUGGAUUUUGAGGUUACGGAUUUCGUGAAACCGCUUUGUUUGUGGAGCGGAAGUAGCGUUGAGGAGCUGAUCAUCGGGAAGAAGGGAAGCUCUGCUGGUUGGGGUGAGAAUGAGGAACAUAAGCUGACUGGCGGGUUGAAGCACGUUCCGAUGUUGAUCGUGUCGAGACGUCGCUGCCGGGAUAGUGAUCCGGAGUAUUACACGAGAUUCCUGUACGAUCGGAAGAUGUUUUGCGGUGGGUUCCGGAAUGGAUCUACACCGGCUUCCGGAGACAGCGGAGGAGGACUGUACAUUGAGGGGAAGGACGGCAAGUGGGGACUGCGAGGGAUUCUGAGGGACCAUCGAUCACUCCCAGCUGUGGGUGGGUCGAGCAACAAUUGGCCAAAACGAAGGCCAAUUAAAUCGAGCUCGGAAUCGUUUCUAUCUGUGGGGCGUUAAGCUUCGUCCUUUGGCCAGAUAAAAUGGAUUACUUCUUGGAAGCGGGAAAAAACAACUCUGCUCGAUACUAAAUCCUUCCUCAAUGUAAUGACCCACUUUUGGCGAGAAGGCGGCAGGGAAAUUCGGGUGGAAAACGGUGGUUCCUUCGAGCAAGAAAAGCCAUUCGGUUUAAUUAAUCAAUUAUGUCUGGAUCGUUCAGCAUAGAUUGGGGGAACGUGGGCAAGAAAAUGCAGGAAAGUCACUUUUUGCUGGUGGUCUUUAAGCGGCCAUUAGGAUGGCUCGAUUUCGGAUGAAGAUAUGGAAUGGUAUCGAGAUGAUUACGGUUCUUUGGUGGCAUAUUUGUUAAAUACUAUUUUCUAAAAUAGCUUAAACUAAUUGUAUCAUAAUUUCUAUUAGGAUAUAACAAAAUAUAUCAAUUUUGCGAAUAUUUCAUGCCACGAUACUGAAACCUCCACUUCGAUUAACCAAGUUCAACCAACUGCUACAAAUCAAAGACUCAAUAUCCGCUCGGGAAACCCCAUCGAAACUCGAUUGUUUCUGCUCGACGACGACGUCCAUAAAUAAGAUGCAAACGCCUUCGCCGCAUGCAUAAAUCUGCCACUUUCCUGGAACCGGAAUCCAAUCCUAGGCCACAGCUGGAGCCCGUCGUCGGCAUCGUGUCCUUUAACCGUCGUCGCGUCAGUAACAAGAAAAAAAAGUUUGGCCCUUUCAAUAUCUUUAUCGGAGAGGUCGGAUCCUUCGUCGACGACGAGUUCGAUGAACCUCGUGGAUUUCUUGGAAAAUAAUUAAAUCAUUAAUCAUUAAUGGUUAUUUCAUCAAUAGAAAUUUAAUUUUCCAUAAAAGCUUCUCAUGACGUGAAUCGCUGAAUGAUUUUCGAGCAAAAAUAACAGCAAAUUUCUCGGAAAGUAAACGAUAUUGCUCCGGCCAGAUUCAAUUAUCUGACUAACCAACCGUAAAUAAAUAUAUACAUCUCAAAAGUCCCCGGCAACAGCGUCGUCGUCGGCGGUGCUGACGUCGACCUCGUCGGAUCCUCUGGGGCCGGUCGGUGUUGUUCGACAUGCUCCAGUAGACCAGCAGCGUUUUCGGGGUCGUCAUCGUCGUUAAUGCCCCGAGGUCACCAACCAACCCCAUCGAACAGCGGCAACUUUGGCCGAAACCACUUUAUUAUGACCCUGUGAGGCUUCCUGGAAGAUGGGUUUUGCUUUCCCGCGAAAGCUUUACUCAGCUGUGUUGUUCUGGUUGAUUCGCGGAAAAUCUGUAGCGUUUUCAUUUAAAUUUGACUGUUGAUUCAAUACUAUAAUAACUUUCAACAAUGCUGCAGUGACCACCGUUCCUAAAUAAAUCCCAUAUCAAUUUUCCUCUCACACACACACCCUCAUAAUCUCUUCAUUACAAAUGCCAAAUUCAAUCAGCGCCGAGGAAGAAAAAAAUCGAUUUCGGGGGGUUUGCCAUCACAGUCAAUUGGUUUCAAAUUUAACUCCAUAGACGAGGAAUCCAAUCCACUGCCACCAUCCCCCUAGAAUUAUUCAUAUCCCAUUACAUGCUCGUUUAAGCUUCGCAGCAUCCGCGCGACCUGCCUCCCAGCAACAAAGCUCUCCUCAAAUCCCACUCCCUGGCUGAUGGGAUCGAUCUGUGAUAUUGAUAGUAGGGUGAGUGAUGCAAAAAUUGACGAAAAAUUCGAAAUUUGUCGUAAAUUGUAUGUGAUAAAAGCAUCUCCGUAAAGCGUAGGUGGCUUCUUGUCAUCACAAGAAAAAUUAUAAGAUACUUGAAUGGUUGAAAUUCUUAAGUUGAAACUCUACUUUUUUGUUUCCGUUAUAGCGUAUAUAAGCCAUGGACUGAUUUUCUUAACCAAAAAGUCAUCAUAUUAUUAAAAAAAAAAACAUUAUCUUUGAAAAUUUAGUUAUUUUUUAUUUAAUAUAAAGGAUUUUAAAAGUUAUUACCCAGAAAAGGUACACAAAAUUUAACAGUGAUGU